AUGCUCAUCAAGGAGUACCACAUCCUGCUGCCCAUGAGCCUGGAGGAGUACCAGGUGGCUCAGCUCUACAUGAUCCAGAAGAAGAGCCGGGAGGAAUCUGAGCGGUUGAGGCAGCGGGUGGUGGAGAUCCUGGCCAACCGUCCCUACAGCGAUGGCCCCGGCGGCAGCGGCCAGUACCACCAGAUCUACCACGUGGGCUCGCACAUCCCCAGCUGGUUCGGUCGCUGCUGCCCAGCUGCGCUGCAGGUGGAGGAGGAGUCCUGGAACGCCUAUCCCUACACCCGCACUAGGUACACCUGCCCCUUUGUGGAGAAGUCUCCCAUCGAGAUUGAGACGUAUUGGCCAGAUGCGGGCCAGCAGACCAAUGUCUUCAACCUGAGCGCAGCUGAGAAGAGGCAGAGGAUUUUGGACACCAUUGACAUCGUGCGUGACCCCAUCUCCCCCGGGGAGUACAAGCCCGAGGAGGACCCCAAGCUCUACCACUCGUCCAAGACGGGCCGGGGGCCGCUGGGGGACGACUGGCUGGAGGCGGCCGCCGGCGGGCCCCUGAUGUGCGCCUACAAGCUCUGCAAGGUGGAGUUCCGCUACUGGGGGAUGCAGUCCAAGAUCGAGCAGUUCAUCCACGACGUCGGCUUGCGCAAGGUGAUGCUGCGCGCCCACCGCCAGGCCUGGUGCUGGCAGGACGAGUGGACGGACCUGACCAUGAGGGACAUCCGGCAGCUGGAGGAGGAGACGGCGCGGAUGCUGGCGCAGAAGAUGGCCAAGGUGCGGCGAGGCGAGGAGCCCCCCGCCGCCGGCCCCAGCCCCGAGGGGCGGCCGGAGCCGGGAGCUGCCGGCGGGCAGGAGGGUGCCGAGGCACCGGGCACGUCUGAUGCCUCCCCCGACGAUACCUUUGCCAAGCAGUGGUCCACGUCUUCCCGCUCUUCCUAUUCUUCCCAGCACGGAGGGGGGGUGUCUCCUCAGAGCCUGUCCGAGUGGCGGAUGCAGAACAUUGCCCGUGACUCCGAGAACAGCUCCGAGGAGGAGUUUUUCGACGCCCACGAGGACCUGUCUGACAGCGACGAAGUCUUUGCGAAGGAGAUGACCAAGUGGAGCUCCAACGACUUCUUGGACACGCUGGAGCGGCCGGCAGAGCUGGACGAGGCUCUGGGGGACGGACCCAGCGCUGCCAAGGCAGACGGCGAAGGGCUGGCGGCGGCUGGUUUCUCUGAGGGCGUCUCGGCCGAGAGCGCGGCGCAGGCGUGCCGGAUCCACGCGCUCUUCCUCAUCCUCCACAGCGGCAACAUCCUGGACCAGGGGGUGGGCGAGCCGGGCUCCAAGCAGGCGGACGUGCAGACGCUGGCGGCCACCUUCGACGCCGUCACCCGCGUCCACUUCCCCGAGGCGCUGGGGCACGUGGCGCUGCGCCUGGUGCCCUGCCCGCCCAUCUGCGCCGCUGCCUACGCCCUCGUCUCCAAGCUCAGCCCCUACAGCCACGACCGGGACAGCCUGUCCAGCAGCCAGGACCACAUCCCGCUGGCAGCCCUCCCGUUGCUGGCCACCUCCUCGGGGAGCUACCAGCACGCCGUGGGCACCGUCAUCACCCGCGCCAACCAGGCGUACAGCACCUUCCUGCACUCCGGCGAGGGCGCCGGCUUCUGUGGCCAGGUGGUGCUGCUCGGGGACUGCGUUGGAGGCAUCCUGGGCUUCGAUGCGCUGUGCCAGAGCCGGGCGGGCGCAGGGGGCAGCCGGAGCAGCAGCCGCCGUGGCAGCCUGAGCACGGAGCCCAUCUCCCCCGAGCUGUGUGGCGGCAGGGACCCGCUGGCCGACGGGGCGGAUGGAGCAGCAGGGUCAGGCCAGGCCAGCCCCGAGCCGGGUGUGCAGGGGGACAGCCAGCAUCCCGGCUCCUCGUGCAGCCUGCAGCCCAGUGAGGCCCCGCUGGAGGCAGAGGCACCGCGAGGCAAUUCUGCAGCGCCGGAUGGGGCGGAGGGCGCCAGCACCCGCCUUGACUUUAAGGUAUCCGGCUUCUUCCUCUUCGGCUCCCCGCUGGGGCUGGUGCUCGCGCUGCGCAAGACCGUCAUGCCCGCUCUGGACGUGGCCCAGCUGCGUCCCGCCUGCGAGCAGAUCUACAACCUCUUCCACGCGGCCGACCCCUGCGCCUCCCGCCUGGAGCCCCUCCUGGCCAAAGCCUUCCACGCCGUGCCGCCGCUCAGCGUGCCCCGCUACCAGAAGUACCCGUUGGGCGACGGCACCUCCUCCCUGCUGGCGGAGGCCCUGCAGAUGCACUCUGCCCUCUUCCUGCCCGAGGUGGACCUGGCCGCUCCCCCGACUCCCACCGGCAGCUUCGGGGGCUUCUGGAGGGGCAGCGAGCCUGGAGAGCCCCCCACGCCCGCCAGCACCAGUGAAGUUGUCAAGAUCCUGGAGCGCUGGUGGGGCCCAAAGCGCAUCGACUACUCGCUGUACUGCCCCGACGCGCUGACCGCCUUCCCCACCAUCACCCUGCCCCACCUCUUCCACGCCAGCUACUGGGAGUCCUCUGACGUGGUGGCCUUCAUCCUGCGCCAGGUGAUGGAGAAGGAGGGCCCGCAGCCGGCGGAGAGCGAGGAGAGCUCUAUCUACAGCCCCGCCAUCCCCCGGGAGAAGUGGCAGCGUAAGCGCACCCAAGUGAAGAUCCGGAACGUGACAGCCAACCACCGGGCCAGCGACAUCAUCGUGUGCGAGGGCAAAGCGCAGGUCCUCAGCGGGCGCUUCAUGUACGGCCCCCUGGACGUGGUGACCCUGACUGGGGAGAAGGUGGAUAUCUACAUCAUGACGCAGCCGCUCUCGGGGAAGUGGCUGUACUACGGCACCGAGGUGACGAGCGGCAGCGGGCGCCUGACCUUCACCAUCCCUCCGGACAAGGCCCUGGCCAUCGGCAUCUACCCCGUGCGCAUGGUGGUCAGGGGCGACCACAGCUACGCAGAGGCGUACCUCACGGUGGUGGCACGGGGCACCGAGUCGGUGGUGUUCAGCAUCGACGGCUCCUUCACUGCCAGCGUCUCCAUCAUGGGCAGCGACCCAAAAGUGCGGGCGGGUGCUGUUGAUGUCGUACGGCACUGGCAGGACUCGGGCUACAUGAUCAUCUACGUGACGGGGCGCCCCGACAUGCAGAAGCACCGCGUGGUGGCCUGGCUCUCGCAGCACAACUUCCCUCACGGCGCCGUCUCCUUCUGCGACGGCCUCACCCAUGACCCCCUGAGGCAGAAAGCAGCCUUCCUGCAGAGCCUGCGCACCGAGGCAGAGAUCACCAUUGUCGCCGGCUACGGCUCCACCAAGGACGUCUCCGUCUACAGCUCCCUGGGGCUGGCACCGUCGCACAUCUACAUCGUGGGCCGGGCCGUCAAGAAGUUUCACAACCAGUGCCAGUUCCUGUCUGAGGGCUACGUAGCCCACCUGGCCCAGCUGGAGGCGGCAGCCCUGGCCCAUUCCCCCAAAGGACCCCCCCGGCCCGUGCUGGGCAAAGGCACCUACGGCUGCCCGGCGCCCGUCGACUUCCUCCGCAAGCAGAGCCAGCUCCUGCGCUCGCGGGGCUCCAGCCAGGCGGAGCGGGACGGGGGCCCCCCGCCCGCGCCCCCCAGCCUGCCCCGUGCCAAGCCCCGCAGCGUCAGCCUCAAGCUGGAGGGUGAGGAGUGAGCGCGGCGCGGCCCCCGUCGUCUUCCCCCCUCCCCGGACACAGCCUUGAUUUCCCAGCCAGGAGUGCCUGGGGCUGGAGCACACGGCGGGCCCUGAGCCGAGAGGAAGGAGAGGAGGGCGCCGCGCCCCAAAACCGCGGGGCCCUGCGAGACCGCUCCGAGCUGCUCCAGGGGCAGGAGUGACCCCCCGUCAGGGCUGAGCCCCCCCUGGUACCACCUGCAGCCCCCCAGCUCUGCCUCCACCCUGCUGCCCCAUCGCGUGGGCCCCCCCUGUCCCUUUUGUGGGGCAGUGCCCUUUGGGGUUAGCCUCCCAGCCAGCUCUGGGGGGCUGGAAUGGUGCCCCCCGGGCUCUCUUUCACCUUUCCCUGCCAGGGGUGGGUGGUGACGUGGGGGUUGUGGUUGCGCCCUGCGGGCAGCAGCCCCCUCCCUGCGACCGCGUAUUUAUUUCCGUUCGGUGUUGCAAGUUGUUGGGGGUAGGGGGAAGGGCUGGGAUUAAAAACAAACAGACAAAAAAACGGUUCCUCUGUUACAGUUCAUUUCGUUGUGAAUAAAGCGAUGUAAAG